UUCCAGGCUGUGACGAUGAGAAGGGGGCGGGGCUUGCGAGCGUUUCGGCGGGAAUCCAUCAUGGCAGAGGUUGCUAUGGAGGUGACCGGGCCUGAGAAGCCUCCGCAAGGGCAGAAGCCUGGAGGACCGUCCACCAGCGCCGGGGGCGGUCAUUACGAGCUGCCCUGGGUUGAAAAAUACAGACCGAUGAAGCUUUCGGAAGUCGUGGGGAAUGAAGACACUGUUAGCAGACUGGAGGUCUUCGCAAGGGAAGGAAAUGUUCCAAAUAUUAUUAUUGCGGGUCCUCCUGGAACCGGCAAAACCACAAGUAUCCUCUGCCUGGCACGUGCUUUGCUGGGCCCAUCACUGAAGGAUGCGGUUCUGGAGCUCAAUGCGUCCAAUGACAGAGGCAUCGACGUAGUGCGGAACAAGAUCAAGAUGUUUGCUCAGCAGAAGGUCACGCUUCCCAAAGGUCGGCAUAAAACCAUCAUCCUGGACGAAGCAGACAGCAUGACAGACGGUGCUCAACAGGCCCUGAGGCGGACGAUGGAAAUUUACUCCAAAACCACCCGCUUCGCGCUCGCGUGCAACGCUUCGGACAAAAUCAUCGAGCCCAUUCAGUCUCGCUGUGCCAUCCUCUGCUACACCAAGCUGACCGACGCCCAGAUCCUCGUGAGGCUGACGCGGAUCGUCGAGAAGGAAAACAUGCAGUGUACGGACGAUGGCCUGGAAGCCAUCAUCUUCACGGCCCAGGGGGACAUGAGGCAGGCACUGAACAACUUGCAGUCCACGUACUAUGGAUUUGGCUACGUUAACAGCGAGAACGUCUUCAAGGUGUGUGAUGAGCCCCACCCGUUGUUGGUGAAGGAGAUGAUUGGGCACUGUGUCAGCGCAAACAUCGAUGAAGCGUACAAGAUCCUCGCGCACUUGUGGAGACUUGGCUACUCCCCCGAAGACAUCAUCGGCAACGUCUUCCGAGUCUGCAAAACCUUCCAGAUGGCCGAAUAUCUGAAGUUGGAGUUCAUCAAGGAGAUUGGCUACACUCACAUGAAGAUAGCAGAAGGCGUAAACUCGCUCUUGCAAAUGGCGGGACUGCUUGCCCGGCUCUGCCAGAAGACGGCUGCUCCGACCGCCAGCUGAAGGCCCAGAUGAUCACUGUGGGGUCAUGUUUCUACCCCCAAGUUAACUGCAGCCUCUGUCCACAACAGGGUGUUGGCUUGUACUUGAGGGACAUGAAUACCGCCAUCCAACGUUUUGUCGUAUGCAACCCCAAAGCUUUUUUUAAUACUUCAGAGCAAAUAAAGUUUGAUAUCCAA